AUGACAUCGUCAAUAGAGCUGGCGUCCAUGCCAGUAAUCACUUUGGAACAAGUCCGGCCACUCGGCUUCUUGUUCGUCACUCUUUUGCUUUGCUGCUAUUUGUUGUAUCAGUGGCUGCUGCCCAAACCGAUCCCAGGAAUUCCUUACAAUGUCGAGUCGUCGCGAAAAAUCAUGGGUGAUAUCCCAGCGCUGCUUCGCGAGAUCAACGGCACAGACAAGACGUUUAUGGACUAUAUUAUCAAACAGGUCAAGAGCCACGAUUCGCCCGUCAUUCAAUUGUUUUUGAGCCCCUUCCGGAAACCCAUGGUCAUCAUCAAUGACUUUCAGGAAUCGCAAGACUUGCUGAUGCGGCGCAAGGAAUUCGACCGCUCCGAGUUCCUGACUGACCUCUUUGGUGGCGUGUCUCCCGAGCAUCACAUUAUGAAACCCACCAACAGCUCCUGGAAAGCUCACCGCCGGCUGCUGCAAGAUCUCAUGUCGCCGCCUUUCUUGCAUCAGGUCGCCGGCCCAAAUCUAUACUCCAACGUCAACAACCUCAUCAGUUUGUGGAACUUCAAGGCCGAUGUUGCUCAGGAGAGGCCAUUCUCGGCCACUGAUGAUAUCUAUGGCGCCGCACUCGACGCCAUCUUUGCUUUUACCUUUGGCAAAAGUUUCAAAAGCAACGCGACAGCACCAAACAUGCAUCUACUCCAGGGACUGAGCGCACAAGACAUUUCCAAGCUACGCGGGGACGGCAAAGACCAUGACAAGCCAUUGGAAUUUCCCCAGGCGCCGAGGGACAAGGCCGUGACGGCGACGUUUGACGUUGCCCACGCAAUUGAACAGGUCAAUGGAAAACCGUUUGCCAAGCUCAUCUGGAAGUACGUGGUUGCAAGAAAGGAUCGAUUCAGUACCGCGCUCAGGUUGAAAAACGAGUACAUUAAUGAUGAGCUCAAGGCGGCCGUGGCUAGGAUUCAGAAUGCCGACUCGGACGUUCGGUCGGCCGUGGAUCUCAUGGUGCAGAGAGAAACCAAGAUUGCAGCAAAGGAUGGACGUGCUCCAGACUACUUUUCUCAAGUGAUGAUGGACGAGACUUUUGGGUUUGUCGUGGCAGGACACGAGACCACGAGCACAACAAUUCUCUGGGGCAUGAAGAUUCUGGCCGCCAACCCAAGGUCCCAGACAAAACUCCGCGAGACUCUGCGAGCCUCAUACUCGGAGGCAUUCAAGACAAAGCGCAGCCCGACAAUUGAUGAGAUUACAGGGACCGACAUCCCCUAUCUCGAUGCCGUCAUGGAAGAAAUUCUCCGCUGCGGAGGUACGGUCCCCGGCGUGGACAGACAGGCCACAUGCGACACUGAGAUCCUGGGAUACCCCAUCAAAAAGGGCACCGUCGUGCUAUGUUCGGGCAGAGGCGCCAGCAUGCUGGAGCCCGGUUUCGAUAUUGACGACAGCAAACGGAGCGAGACGAGUCGGCUCGCCAAGACGGAGAACCGCAUCCGCGCCUGGGGAAACGACGACAUUGGUGCGUUCAAGCCCGAGAGGUGGCUUGUUGCGGCCCCAUCGUCGGAAGACUCGACCGAGACCGCUUACCACUUUGAUUCCACCGCCGGGCCACAGUUGGCAUUCGGUCUGGGCUUGAGGUCGUGUUUCGGUAGACGUCUGGCUUAUCUUGAAUUGAGGAUAUUGCUCACAAUGAUUGUCUGGAAUUUUGAGUUAUUACCCUGUCCCGAGGACCUCGCCGGCUUCUCCGCGAUUGCAGGCAUCACUUACAAGCCAAGGCAGUGUUAUGUGAGGCUGCGCAAAGCAAUCUAG